AUGGAUGACUCCGAGGAUAGUUUGCUCCAAAAUCGGCUCACUACCAACAACCGAUUACUUCGCUUCUUUUCAGGAUCCAGGAGGACCGAUGAGAGCGAUUUAAAGGAAAGACGAAAUAAUUAUGUGGCUCUAUCUUACACUUGGGUCCCGUCAGCCUAUGAGGAUGAUAAGAGCGGUCGGUACCUGGUGGAGGAUAGAAAUAGAAAUACGUUCAGUCCAUCUGACGUUCGAGAUUGCGUCUUGGACCGUAUUACCAAGUACAUGAAAGUCAAGGGAGUUAAGCUGUUAUGGAUUGACCGACACAGUAUACCACAACAGACUUGCGAAGACCCUACCUGCCGGUGUUGGCCGUGCAACCAAAAGAGGCAGAGUCUUCAGUCUAUGGACCAAGUUUAUCAGCUCAGUGAACAUCCUGUUGCGUUACUGGGCCGGCCAAUCUCGUCAGAAGACGAACUGGAAAUCUUCUGCAAAAUCCUCGAAGGAGCUUUUGUUACUAAGGAUGAUGAAAAGGGUCGCUGGAAGUUCGAGAAGACAAUUAAUCGACAUGACGCAAGCCACGCACUUAGACUGCUUUACGAAAUUACUAAAGACCUUUGGUGGCAGCGGGCUUGGACAUUCCAGGAGAAUUAUAAAGGAGGAACGCAGAUGAUUCUUCUCAUUCCACAUCCAGAGUCAUUGGAAAUAAAGAAAUUAAUUUGGGGAGUUUUUGGUUAUAUUCCAGGGGAGCUCUCCAUUAAAUCGACAGAAUUUUCCGACGAGGCGACCAAAUUUUGUCAAGCUUUCCGCGGCACGCCAAAUCUGACGGAGGAAGACAGCUGCAAGAUAAAAUAUAUCCUCAGUAGGACUGAAAAGUACACUGUGAGCCUAAAGGAGUCGGAGCCCAUGUACCCCGCCAUCAUCGCCAACGUUCAAGCCAGAGAUAUUACAGAUCCAUGGGAUCGUAUCCCUAUCAUUGCCAACUGCUGCAGUUAUCCUGUUCGUCUGGAUGCGCAAAAGCUGAAAAAACGGGGCGAUAGUCUCAGCUUGGCGAUAUUGGCGACCUGUCUCCUCAAUGGGGAGAUUCUUAACAACAAGCCAUUGAGAUAUUCCAAACGUAAUCUAUCCGUUUCCCAGUUUCUGAAUACUUAUUGCUUCAAAGAGAUCCGCUCCCCUCCGGAAGUGAGGCGCCUAACGUAUAAUAAGGGUUGUCGGUUUAAUAAUGUAGAGCUUACAGAAGUUGGGAUAAAAACCAAAGGACACCUAUGGGAACUCGGUCAGAUCAUUCGAACGGCUGGUUUUGAAAAUCAAUUGCCCUUUGUGCGGCCACCAAACUGCGAUAGAAUAGAACUUGGCGAGUAUCGGCGUCUCACUCGCCUCCAUAAGGAGUUGAAGAAGUACCAUCCCUGUAGGAAGCUUGCAGAUGACAUCGGUAAAUAUUUGCGUAGUAUAGACGUAGGGAAGAUGGAUUACGAUUUUGGGGAGAACUACAUGUUGAUGAUGGCGGUAGAGGUGGCUAAGGCAAUUGAAGAGGGGAAGACACUGAGACUUGGAAGACUUUGCGAGCCUGACGACACACUGAAUCCGUAUUCAGCCAUCUUCGUUUGGGGGGACACCCCAACCAGGGACCCAGCGUUUGUUUUCACUUCACUGCAUCACAGUUGGAAUGACACCGACCGUCACGUUUCCCUUCAAGUGGAUCUGCGGGAUAAGAGGGACGACACUCCACAAUUGUACGUCAACCGUUGGCUUCUUGGGAUGUGCUUCUUCCGGGGGGAGCUGCAAAGACGUGUAGUCUUUCCAUGGCCGCCCGCCUUAGUAGGGCCGUCACAUCACUCUUGA